AUCAACUGCAAGCAAAACGCAGCGUUUCGCUUCGGAUGGAAUCUGCUGCUGCAAUUGCAAGCAAACGAGUAGUAGGAAGUGCGUUUCUGGUAGGAUCGAAGCAAAAGUCUGUGGCUUAAGUAGAAAACGGUGUCGUCGAUGUGGAUCAAUAUUAUCAGCGGAUAAAUUACACAACCGUACAAUCAUAGUAGUGAGGUGGGGGUCGUACAAUAGGCUACGUUGCAGUGCAAGCAUCCCCGGCGGCAUCUGGGAGGGAGAUAUUAUUGCUGUGGUUUGCUGGUUUUACCGGGAACGACACGGCGUGGGUUAACUAAGCUAUUUGACAACCUCCUGGGCGCAUCCUAAUUCGAAACUGCUUGGACUAUCUCACGCAAUACAGUAGCCAAAUGGCAGAUAACCUGAGUGAAGCGUUGAAGAAGCUGAAGCUGGCUUCAGCAGACAGUGCCACGGACAGUGUGGACAGCUGUCUGGACUGCCUGCUCAAAGCCCUGGCCCACAACAAUGCUGAAGCCAGUGAGAAGAUCCAGGAGAUGGGCAUUCUCCCCCUGCUCCCUAAUCUGUUGGCCCCACAGUCCUCCUGCACGCCUAAAGUAGCCAACAUCAUAGCUGAAGUGGCCAAAAAUGAAUUCAUGCGGAGCCCCUGUGUGGAGGCUGGCCUUGUCCCCCCCCUGGUGCAGCUGCUCCACUCCAAGGACCAGGAGGUGCUGCUGCAGACGGGCCGCGCCCUGGGCAACAUCUGCUACGACAGCCAUGAGGGCAGGAGUGCAGUUGACCAAGCAGGAGGGGCUCAGAUAGUAGCUGGACACAUAAAGUCACUGUCCCAAAAUACUGACCUGGACAAUGGGAAGCUCUUGACUGUCUUUUGUGGCAUGCUGAUGAACUAUAGCAAUGAUAAUGACUCCUUGCAGGCCCAGCUGAUCAAUAUGGGAGUCAUCCCCACCCUGGUUAAGCUACUGGGCUUCCAUUCCCACAAUACGGCUCUUACAGAGAUGUGCCUCAUUGCCUUCGGAAACCUUGCUGAGCUUGAGUCCAGUAAGGAGCAGUUUGCCUCCACCAACAUUGCUGAAGAGCUUGUGCGUCUGUUCCAGAAGCAGACUGAGCAUGAGAAGAAAGAGAUGAUCUUUGAGGUCCUGGCUCCACUCGCCGAGAAUGACGUCAUCAAGCUCCAGCUGGUGGAGGCGGGCCUGGUGGAGUGUCUGCUGGAUGUGGUGGCCCACACCGUGGACGGGGAGCGGGAGGAGGACGUGGCCCAGCUCAAGACGGCCUCCGACCUGAUGGUGUUGCUGCUACUGGGAGAUGAGUCGAUGCAGAAACUAUUUGAGGGGGGCAAGGGCAGCGUCUUUCAGAGGGUCUUGUCCUGGGUGCCAUCCCAUAAUCAUCAACUGCAGCUGGCAGGGGCACUGGCUAUCGCCAACUUUGCCCGCAAUGAUGGUAACUGCAUCCACAUGGUGGAAUCUGGCAUCGUUCAGAAGCUUCUGGAACUUCUGGAUCGCCACGUGGAGGAGGGCAACGUCACAGUGCAGCACGCCGCACUCAGUGCCCUGCGCAACCUGGCCAUACCCGUGGUGAACAAGGCUAAGAUGCUGUCGGCGGGCGUGUCUGACACCGUGUUGAAGUUCCUCCCAUCAGAGAUGCCUCCGGUUCAGUUCAAACUGCUGGGGACGUUACGCAUGCUCAUCGACACGCAAGCGGAUGCCGCAGACCAGCUGGGGACCAACGCGAAGCUGGUGGAGCGUCUGGUGGAGUGGUGUGAAGCCAAAGACCACGCAGGGGUCAUGGGGGAGUCGAACAGGCUCCUGUCUGCCCUCAUCCGUCACAGCAAGUCCAAGGACGUCGUAAAGACCGUCAUCCAGGGGGCCGGCGUGAAACACUUGGUAACCAUGGCGACGAGCGAACACAUGAUCAUGCAGAACGAGGCGCUGGUCGCUCUGGGCCUCAUCGCCAGUUUGGACCUGGCGGGGGGCGAAAAAGACUUUGUCGGAGCCGGUCUGGUGCAGGUGCUCCACAAGCUGCUGUCGGACGAGAGGAGUGCGCCGGAGAUCAAAUACAACUCUAUGAUCAUCAUCUGCGCCGUCCUGGGCUCAGAGCCUCUCCAAAAAGAGGUGCAGGACCUGGCCUUCAUCGACGUGGUGUCCAAGCUGCGGUCGCACGAGAACAAAACGGUGUCCCACCAGGCGUCGCUCACAGAGCAGAGGCUAACAGCACAGAGCUAAAGGACUCUUAACUCCCUGCACCCCCAACACCUGCCCGGGUAGCCCGUUCCCUGCACCCCGCCCCCCGCCACACUCCCUACCUCUGUGUCCCAUUGUCACGUGCCAAGGUAUCCUGUCCCUGUCAGCAGCCAGCCCCCCCCCCCCCUUGCCUUACGCCCCCAACCCCCCCCCCUAAUUCCGCAUGCAUACUCCGCUCCCAACAAGCAGCUUCACCCCUAUUGAUAACAAAGCGUCCACAGACAGCCUUUUCUUUCCGCGGUAGAUAGACAUGCAAAGAGAACACUUUUUAUGAUGACCAUAGCUGUGAAACCUGUUCACUUACUCAUCGAGAAACAUUACAGCAUAACAAAAGAACAGGGGGAGAAAAAACUAAAAAAAAAACAGCCAGUCGAGGUGGUUUGAAAACCAACUAAGCAGCCAUGUGCUCGUGCUGCGUCAUAACCCCCGGGUCCCGUUUCAGCUUGAGCACCGAGUUGAAGACGACAGGCCUUGUGUAGUCCGGUUGAUGGUGUAUUCGUAUUCAUUUUGACCCUACUGCGUACCCAGAAACACAGCCCUGGGCCGAUCGAACAGAGCUGAUAUAGAGUUUAACUGUAUAUUGUAGUUAAACUGGAGUUUGAAAGGAGCUGGCUUGGUAAUAAUCCCAAGCCAAUUCUCUCUCUUCCCUUCACUUUGAUACAAACCCACUAAACUGCCACCGAAUGUCCUACACAAACUGUUCUAUCAGGGGCGUUUACAGACGGUGAAAACGGUGCAGAAAGGUCAGAUAUGCCUAAUGCAGAACAGAUACUGUAUGGUCGUCCAGCAGAAUCGGGGCGUCGUGUGAAUCUUUUGUUACAUUUCUAUCUGCAAAGUUGUAAACGUUUCACCCCAACUGAACAAAGCCCCAGGCAGGUGUUCCUCGUGCAGAGUCCAGUCUGACAUGAAGGAAUCCUGGGUUGGAUAUAAGUUACAUUAAAGUAAACAGUAACACGGUCACCUCCUGUUGUUUGUGUGCGUGUCAACAACCCACCAGGUGUGGACUGUAAGUGUGGACGUAUUUGUUGCCUUUGAGUCGGAAGUGCCAGGAAAAUCCACUGAGGGGGUACCAGUUUGUCUAUUUCGGGUAGGCAGAAGUAGAGCUGCGCGCAUCUCAGAAGAUUCCUUUGUCAGAAAGAAAGUUAUUCACCACUUCUCUGCGCACUGAGAGAGCUAAUCACCUAUGUAGCGUGAUUGGGUAAAAAGACGACCUGAAACGCCCACCAUAGGCUUUGGCUGUCAUUCCACAUAGUCGCCAUGGUACCACGGACGGCCUCUCCUGUCAGAAAGGGCCGGUCCGGACAGCCAGAGAAGAUGACCCAUGUCUGUGUGUGGUACUAACUGCUCUGUGGUUUUUCCCAGGCCAGCUCUUUGUUUGCAUGUGUGGUUUCUAUCCCACUGGAAGUAUGGAGAACAUGCACAUUCCAGCAUAUUAGAUACUGUGUUAGGCGCCAUCCGGUGACCUUUUUUAUUUUAAAUAUAAAUUAUUUGUUUAUCAUCUUGUCUUUGUUCAUUUUUGUCAGGUAUGAAUGGUAAUUUAUCAGAUUUGUAACCUUACAAAGACACAAUCCAAUCAAGGCGUAACCACAAAUGAACUGCAUUAAGAUAUAAACAUAAAUGUUUGUUGUAAAUGUCAUUGAUGACAAGUUGUACAUUUGGAAGAUUGUAACUCAAACAUGAUUAAAGAUGAUUGCUGGCGAGAAUGUA